AUGGACGCAGCCACGACUGAGCACGACCCAUACGUUAUGAGCCACACCCAGGAAAGCCCGCGCCAACAAGCGGGAAGCGUCAACAGCACCGCAUCGAUGCAUAAUUUUAUGGGACGGGCAAGCCCCACCCAGAUGCCGAUGCCGAUGUCUUCACCAGAAACACAGCCCCCGCUGCAUCCGAUUCCCCAGAGCCCGCCCAGGGGAGGGUCUCCCGCCCACUCUGUGCACAACUUGGAUGCACUGUUGAGGAACAUUCCUGCGAAUCCGAUGUAUAGCGCUGGAGCACAUGCGAAUGCGAGUAUGACGUUCCCCAUGCACUCCAACACUCCUCCGCGAUCGAACUCGGAGAUUGGCCUCGGGACGCCGGCAACAAGCCAGACACUGCCUCCGAUGAGCCCUGGAGGCAAUAGUCGUCAGAACGCGCUGCUCUCGCUUCUGCUCCCUCAGGAAGGGGGCGACCAAUCGUCCCCUGGCGGCUAUUCGUCCCAGGUCACGCCCCAAGCACCUCGCCCAGGCGAUGCACAGGGAAAGGCAUUGCUCGAACAGAUCAUGGCAAAUCCGCGUCAGCAGACUUUUCCUUUCUCCCCGCCUCAGGGCCACGGCGAUUCGGGCCCUCCACCUCCGCAGCACACGCUGGCUCAAAACCACGAGUCUCCAGUGCCGAUGCGCAAGAGCAUGUUCGAGUUUGUCUCGCCAUUUGAUUCGCUCAACGGUGCUCAGCCACCUGAACAGCAGCAGCAACAGCAGCAACAAGCUCAACCGCAGCCUCAGCAGCACGACCCGCCCAGACAGGAUGUUCCAUUUGAGCACCAGCAGCAGAUGCAGCACUCGUACACCGGUUAUCCGUCCCCUCCGGCUAAGCCCCGCACACCUGACGUGUACCAACAACCCCUGCGCCAUAAGCAACCUUCGCCUAUUCCAAGCCACGUUCACCCCCUCCCGGCUGGGUCCGGAUCCGAGGGAGGCAAACAAAGUUCCCCAGUAUCCGUCGGUCGUCGCGAUAUGAGCCCUGCGCGGGGCGGAACUGGUCGUACCAAGCGAGGUGACAGGAACCGCAAGACGGGAUUGGGCAACGGUAACAGUCCCACUGAAGUCAUCGAGUUUGAUGUUUCCGUCUCUCUCGAUCCGAUCAAGGCUGGCGCGGAUGGCAUUAGUAUUAUGCCCAUUGCUUUACUCAAGCUAGACUCCAUUUAUUUGCCUGGAACCACCAUUGCUGCGAGUUACUUUAUUGCCUAUGCUAUGACCAAGGGCCGUGUUCGUUUGAUCUCGCGUUCGAAUGGCGCUCGCGCAUUACUCAAGCUCCCCCCGACGUUUAGCCAGACUACCUCGGUCGUCGACAUGGUUGCUGCUGGAAACUGCCUUGCGUGUAUCACAAGUGACGGCGGCGCAGUAGUAUGGGAGGUUCCUAAUACAUUCGACGAUGAGCGUAAUUUUGCACCCGUGCUCCUGCUCCAAAUCCUACCCUCCAGCUUACGCACAGUUAAAUGGCAUAUCAACGGAGAUCUUGCGCUUGCCUCUGAUCGUGAAGUUUACUUGCUUGACGCGCGCGAAGCAUCGGAUGCCUUUCAUGGUACGCCUGUCCCGCUCAACAACUUGGGGCAGGUUGCCAAAGUCUUUGUUAUUCCAUCUUCUCUCAUCAGCUUUACGUUCGACUACUCGAACAAUGCGAUUGCCACGAUCUCCACUGAUUCGGUCCUUCGGCUUUGGUCGAUCAAAGAGCAGUACCCCAUCUGGCAAGGCAUUAUUUCUGGUCAAGGCGAGCCUUCGUCAGUCGACGUAUUCGAUGUUGGAGUUAUCGUUGGUCGCAAGCAAGGCACAAUUCUUCAGUUGCUUGCCCCGCUCUCCACCACCGUUCUUUCCACCCUCAGGUUCAUUAGUAGCAUGGAUCCUGCAGUUGAGGAUGACGGGCGGAUGUUUGGUCAUUUAAGCUACGACAGUCGAUUGCGUACGCUUUGGGUUGCCAAUUCGGCUCGUGCAUCACUUAUUGCUGUCCGCGUGCUCGUUGAAUCGGAUGAUCCUGCUCUGGGCCCUGGCGCGGGCGUGCGCGGAGCGUUCGAACAGAUUAUGGAGUUCCCUACUCCAGCACCAACUAUCAAUAUUACCCUACUCGCUCCCGAUGAUGCCGAAGAGCCUCAGCUUGCCGUUGCGGCGUUUGCAGUCCACGUAGCUGGUGUGGACCAAAUCAAUGUAGACCGCGAAGCGUUCGAGCACGCGCUUGCCACUUUGCCUGCCAAGCUUCCACCUCAACCUCAACCUCAGCAACAGCAGGCUCAACAAAUACUACAGCAGCACCCACACCGCGCAGAAUCCCCCAUGCCACUGCCUAUCGUACCCGGACUGGGAGACAUCGGGACCGGGACGCUUCCACCUGGCGGCCUCCAACAGGCUCAAAUUCAGCCCACCAAGACCGGUCGUCCUCCUCGCGGAGUUACUCCUCCGCCUCCCAACAGCGACGAUCCCGAGCCGAUCCCGCGUCCUCCGCCUGCAGAUUUAUCUGCUUCUACAAAUACCAAGGUUGGUAGUUCGGGCGCGAGUGUCAAGUCGGUCAAGGCUAAGGACAAGGAGCGUGAAAAGGGCAAGAAUGUUAGUGGUGGAGAAAACGAUGGUACCGUGUUGAAGGAGAUUCGCAAGGUCGAGGAGAACUUGCAUACGAAGAUUGGAAGGCUGAUUACUCGCGAGUUGGACAAGCAACAUCAACGCCUCGACGAGUUGCGCGUCGCAGACCAAGCCGCUGACUUUACUCGCCAAGAAACCAUAUUGAAGCUCAUAUCUAACGAACUCACAAAGAACACAACACGUGUAGUCGAAGUGGCUAUCCGGAGCGAGGUUCAAAACUCGGUCCUGCCUGCACUUGAGCAAAUUACCAAGGUUGAGAUCAAGAAUGCGCUGAGCGGUCAGAUCGCAAGGGGUGUGGCAGAAAGUAUGAAACAGACUCUUCCAAACGAGCUCGAGCGCUUGCUCUUGCGCCCCGACGUGUCCAACCACGUCGCACGCACAUUCUCGCAGGCUGUGACGCCUCUGAUUGAGCGGCAUGUCAAGGAAGCGAUCAAUACUACGCUCAUUCCCGCGUACCAGCAAUCCACUGUCGCUAUGCACCAAGAGCUAUCGCAUGAGAUUCACUCCGAGAUCUUGAGUCUCAAGAAGGAAAUUAUCACUUGGCAAAGCGAGGCGCUAAAGGGCUCCGAGGCUACGAUUCGAGAUAUGGAAAUCUCGAUCCGCAACUUGAGCGAUCAGGUCAAGGCACUGAGCAUGGCUGUUCAUUCGCAAACAUCACGCAUCUCGCCUGGACCAAAUAUGCAGUCCCAACACAUUCGUAACGCGAGUGUGCCCUCGCCGCUUUCCAACAUUGGACCGGGACCGUCGUAUGGUUCUCAGCAACAGCAACAACCGUCGUAUCAACCACAGCCUCAGCCGCAGCAGCAAUCGUAUAAUCAAUGGAUGCAGCCACAACAGCAGCCACAGCAGCAGCAGCCUCAGCCUCAGCCUCAGCCUCAGUCCCAACAGCAACCACAGCAGCAGAGGAGCGAGGAUUGGGACGAUACCUUCCUUGGCGUGUUGAGCACCCAAGAUCACGGAAAGCUGCGCGAAUUGUUGGCAAGGUGUAAUCCCGAGGUGAUCAUGCCGUCUUCUGGAAACGGGCAGUCGCCGUUAUCCCAGGCUGUUGUGCUCACUUUGAUACAUCGACUAUCUUCAACGCUUUCUGAGCUUUCUCCGUUGACGAAGGGUUCAAACUUGGGUGAUGCAAUCGGCGCAGCAAAUUCUGGGAACAACUGUGAACAGGCUGAACCUUCUCCCUGGCGGUCCAUCACUCGUCGAAACCAACUCGAUGAUUGCUCAAAUUCAACGAACCCUCUCGAACAAGAUGACUAUCUAGUAAAGUCGGCGCAUGGACCACAGGAAGCUACGAAACCCCUCCAAGUCCAGGUCGACUUGUGA